GGUAACAAUGACUCGUAUUGCUAUCCUCGGCGUGCUGGUCCUAGCUGCAGUAUGUUCUGUGCACGGAGCACCGAAGAAGGUUGGCUAUGGACCUUUACUGCGGGAGGUGCGUCAAGCAUUAUUCCAGAAACGUGGUGAACUGAGAUCAGAAUCCCAUUAUUAUUGUUGGGAGGUACUCGAACAGAAGCGUGAGAGUAUCUGUUACGUGCCACCACCUGCAACCAAUCCACCACAGCCAACACAUGGCCAUACCCAACCACCUCCAACACAUGCUCCUUGGACUGAUGCUCCCAACACUGAUGCCCCUGCAUCCCAUGCUCCCAACACUGAUGCCCCUGCAUCCCAUGCUCCCAACACUGAUGCCCCUGCAUCCCAUGCUCCCAAAACUGAUGCUCCUGGUACCGCUGCACCCGCACCACCACUCAUCCCAUUCGUCGGGGCUAAGGAAGCGAAAGGUUUCUUGAUCGGAAGAAACAUUCAGGAUCUGCAUGAGGAAUGUUGCUGGGAGGGAUGUGACAAUGAAGAAAUUGAGGAAUCUUGUUAGAAGCAGACUUGUAACGAGUCUACUACUCAAUGAGGAGUAGUCUUAUAACCAGUCUACUACUCAAAUGAGGAGUAAAUUGUAACCAGUCUAUUACUCAAAUGGGGAGUAGAUUUGUAAUGAACGAAUAGUCGAAUGAGGAGCGCAUUUGUAACGAGUCUUUACCGCAAGCGAGGAGUGGACUUGUAACCAGUCUACUACUCAAAUGAGGAGGAGAUUUGUAACCAGUCUUCUACUCAAAUGCUGCCACCUAGCGUUCUAAAGUUUCCCAGUGCUACUUCAAUUAACUAUAAAUACUGGACCAUAAUAAUUCAUCCACUAUUGAUGUAUUAGACUACGGUAAUAAAAGAAAUGACGACCUAAAUACAAAAGGAUUAUAACUUUUAGAUGUU